AUGACGCUGUCCUUUGAGUGCCUCCUUCUUCUAUCAGGGCUGCUGUGUUUUUUCUCCACUGUGUCUCCAGACGUGAUCAACAAGCAAGAAGAUCUGGCCCUGCGAGGAAAUGCAACUCAGUCCUCAUCCUCAGAUUUUCCUCAGUUUCACGCCGCUCUCGCUAAUGAUGGAAUCACAAACACGAACAUCUACGCUCUGUCCUGCUCCACCACGGACCGCGAGAACCAGCCCUGGUGGAGGGUGGAUCUGCUGGACGUCUUCAACAUCGGUAAAGUGAUCGUCACCAACAGAGGAGACUGCUGUCCUGAACGCCUGAACGGGACCGAGAUCCGCAUCGGAAACUCUUUACAAAACAACGGCAACAACAACCCCAGGUGUGCAGUAAUAAACUCUACGGUUCCUGCAGUUUCGUAUAAUUUUACGUGUAAUAUGACGGGACGCUACGUGAAUCUGGUGAUUCCUGCUGAUGGUGCGGUUCUCACGCUGUGUGAGGUGGAAGUCUACAAAGCUCCUGAGCUUAUUAAGAAAGGAAACCUGAGGAUGAAGAUGUACAGCAGUGAGAACCUGGGUGACUCUACAGUAACAGAUAAAGUUCUUCAGCAGAUUAAAUCUGCUGCCCUCAGAGCAGCGCCUCCUACUGAGCUGCACUGGACCCGCAAUCCAGAAAAGCUCAGAACUAAAGGUACUGUCUCCCUCUACAGGGAUAGCAUGCUCAUGCAGGUGGCCGUAACCAGCCCUGUGGUAACUCUUGAAGAUGAUGAAGAGGCUGAAGAGGAGGAGGAGGAAGAUGAUGAUGAAAAACGAUAA